GAACGCCGAUAGAAAUAAGAAGAAGCGGGCCGCGCCCAGGUCGGGGUUCCGCGGCGUGUACCGGCAUCCCCGGAGCGGCAGGUACUCCGCGCAGAUCCGGGACCCGGAUCGGCGAGCCAAGCUGUUCUGGCUCGGCAGCUUCGCCACGGCGAGGAGGCCGCGAGAGCCUACGACAAGGCGGCUGUCACGCUGUACGGCGACAAGGCCGUAACCAACUACGAGCAGCCACGCACUGCCGCCAUCGACGGCGAGGAGUCGCCCAUGGACCUCUUCCCGGAGCUGCGCUCGAACAUUCAGGCCUGGAGGAAGGCAUUGGGCGCUCGGUCGAGGCACGCCGGCGUGCACCCGUAUCGCGGGGAGUACUCGGCGCAGAUCUGGGACCCGGUGUGGCUAGCUGACCAGGGGCUCGGCAGCUUCGGCGCCGCUGAGGAGACCGCCGGAGCAGACGACGCAGCGGCUGUCAGGAUGCACGGCGCGGCGGCCGAAACCAACUUCAAGCAACCACCGCGCUCGGCCGCUGCUGCGGAUGACGGUGAGGUGUCGGCCAUGGACCUCAACGACUUCCUGGAGGUGGAGCUGCCGGCGCUCGACUUCCUCCCUGACAGCAUCACCCCAGAUGCACAGCUGGACGAUCUCUCGACUGGCUUGCCCCUGGUGGAGUUGCAGCAGGUGGAUGAGCUCCUCGAGGACAUGGGCUUCACCGAUAUGCUGGCCAGGGCUCAACGUACAGGUGCUCCUAGUCCUACAUAGUGAGUUCGAUAGAGGCUUCACCAUAUAUGCAUGACAAAGUUCAGGCAACACUAUGCAUGCUUAUGCUGGGUAUUUGUUUGUGAUCUUAGUUUGGUAGUGGACGUAUGUGUCUGACCUGAUUGUGCUCUGUUAUUGUGAAGUCUUGGAAAGAGAAUUGGCAGUA